CAAUCAUGGCCACCCCACCGAACCCCUCCCCGACGCCCGACCUCUCCACAACCGCAACAACCGAUGGCGAUACACCGGCGGAUCCUCUCGCGGAAGGCCUGCAAGCCCUGCUGAACCCGAGUAUCCGCACCACGGCGCAAAAGCUGUCAAACGUCUACCUCGCGCAGCAAGAGCUGUCGGGCGAACUCGAGCGCCUGGUCUCUCAGCUGCAGAGGUACCUCGACACAACUGAGCCCCCGGUGCUAAGGGCUACAGUGUUGAAGCUCGCGGACAUGAGGAAGCGGCUGGUCGGCGUCAAUACUGCACUACACGCUCUACAAACCCGCAUAAACCGCGUGUAUCUACAGCUCAGCCGGCAGCGAAUUCCUGGGGGAUUUUAGUCACGCACAUAUUGCUAGCACGCAUGCAGGUGGUGGUUGUGGACUGUUGUGGUUGUGGUGGGGAAAGAUGGGUAUUA